UAUGUAAAAUAUUAACACGUGUCUGACGUUCUAAAGUAUUUCAUUCUUACAGGACAUUUAAACAAAAAUAAUUCAAACUGCAUACCGGUAGUCAAGGGAAAAUAUCGGUCAGGAUGAGAAAGAACUUACGGGUGAAAAUGGAUUUUUCACAAAUUUUUCAAGAUGCUCGACAGCUUAGUUGGGUUUAUAUAGAUAGUACGAAGAUAUUUUAUGUGUAUCAAUUUGCUGAACAUGUUAGGAGAAUUUUUGAAAUCAAGAAGCCAUUUCACUUUGUAUCUAAACACGAAGAAAUGUAUCUUUUUCUUCCACUUCAAGAAGACAUUCGUAUUUUAGAAAAUAAUGACACAGUUAUUAUAGUUCCUGGUACUGGUAUUGUAGAUAGCUGUGAAACAAACGAUGAGGAAGAAUCGUUGCAAAGAAAGCAAAAUGGUUUUGCCACACCUGUAAUUUUGGAAGAAAAUGAAACUAUUACAACAUCCGACAAAUUUUAUACUUUAACAUCUUCUAUAAAUAAUACCGAUGAAAGUUUAAAGGAUGAUAAUAUAAGCACAGCAAGUAUAUUAAGUAAAAAGAAACGUAUCCGUAAAAAAAGACAAAAAAAAUUUGUAACAUUAAGUCCAGAAAAUGAGGUGUCUUAUACAGAAUAUUCUGGUAAAAAACCAAAAAUUAUUGAUUCUGUAUUGAUUUCAUCAGGAAAGCACAUUAGAUUUAAAAAUCUUGAUGAUGAAGAUACGGCAUCUGAGACCAAACAUUCAAUUCAAGAAAAUCAAGUAAAUUAUGAAGGUACAAAUAAGCAAAUUGUCAAUGGCCAUCUUAAUGCUCUUCUCAAUUUGAGACAAAGUUCAACGCCAAUAACUUUUGGAUACACAAAGAUAAAAAACAAAGUAAAACCAGAAGUAAUAAAGGAACAUUCUCUACAUUUAAGUAAACCAGAAAAAACUAACGAUAAUGAAAAUUCAAAUGAAAAUAUUACAUGUAACAACAUUAUUUCUUUUAUGGUAUAUAGAAUGGAAAAUGACUAUACACCCCAAUUGUCAGAUGUAAUAAUAGCGAAAAUUCUAUCUUAUGAUGCAACAAAAUUACAAUAUACUUUGAAAAUAUUGCGUGGUAAGGAUCAGUUACAAGAACCCGAAGGAAAAUUUUCAUUACCAAAAGAUGAAGAAUGUACCAAUGCUGAAGAUACUGAUAUCGUUACCUUUAAUAAAUCCGAACUAAUUGAUUUAAAAAUAGUUACAGAUUAUGAAAAAUCUUUUUAGC